GGUAGUUCACUGAUAAAGUAAUCUACAGUUAAGUCUCAUUUCAUGGAAUUUCCAGCAGUGUAGCCCCGGUUAGCACCAGUUAGCAUCAGUUAGCCCAAGGUAGCCACACUGAGCUCUCAGCUAAUUAGUGAAAGCCUGAAAGUGAAGCUCCCGAAGUUCCUUUUAUCUUGGACGCAGCUACUCGCCAUUUUUCCAGCUUCCAUCAGCGUCUAUAAUAGAACCGCGUAGAGAAACUCGACGUGAAUGUGAAGCCCAGGAAGUCAGGAAGCAAGAAGCAACGCUGAGUGAAGUGAAGUGGUCUGCAUGAAGACAAGGCUGUCGUGUUUUGUUUAGAGACCGAGUCAUUAGUGCUUCUGUGCAGCAGCAGCACGGCACUUACCCUCCAUCAUGUCUCCAUCGCUCUAUGGACACUGACAUCUCUGCAGAGUGUGAUUAGAGGGACAAGGAUCGGCAGCAGCAGUUAGAGGAAGAAGGCCAGUUAUCAUGCAGCACUGGCCCUGUGUGUCCAGGAGGCAGUGCUGCUGAGGAGCCAUCGUUCAGUGGAGGGCCCAGUCUCCUGCUGGAGCGGUGAUGGACGACUUCAGCAACAGGACGUACGGCACCAGUGGCCUGGACAACAGACCGCUGUUUGGAGAGACCACUGCCCGGGAUCGAAUCAUCAACCUGGCAGUAGGAGGAGUUACCUCUCUGGUGGUUCUCGUGACAGUAAUCUGCUCAUUUGUGUUUCCGGCGCUGCCCCCACGGCCACUCAACGUCUUCUUUGCUGUGUGUAUCCUAUUAAUCUGUGGAUCGACGUCAGUGUUGAUAUUCUGGUACCGUCAAGGUGACCUGGAGCCUAAAUUCCGAAACCUGAUCUACUACAUGCUGGCGUCCAUCGUACUGCUCUGUCUCUGUGCCAACCUUUACUUUCAUGAUGUCAGGUAAAACAGUGGCAAUGAAUGGCAAAAAAAGGGAUGGAAUGCUCAGAUAUGACAGACUGUGGAAUAAACAUGUGACCAAAUAGGAACCUCAAGCCAGACUCAAACUUCAUGGAAAGUCCCUCUUAACAAAUGAAGAAGCAGUAAUGGAGAUGACACACACAGA